AUGGGCGCGGAGAGACGCAGGAUGCGGGGGGCGCCCGCGCGCCUGCUGCUGCUGCCGUGGCUCCUGCCCCUGCUCCUGGCGCCCGCGGGCCGGGGCGCGCCCGGUUGCCCAGUCCCCAUCCUCAGCUGCAAGUGCUCCGGGGAGCGGCCCAAAGGACUCAGCAGUGGCGCCCCCAGCCUCGCGCGCAGGAGGGUGGUGUGUGGGGGCGGGGACCUCCCGGAGCCCCCCGAACCUGGCCUUCUGCCCAACGGCACCGUUACACUGCUCUUGAGCAACAACAAGAUCACAGGGCUCCGCAAUGGAUCCUUCCUGGGACUCUGGCAGCUGGAGAAGUUAGACCUGAGGAACAACAUCAUCAGCACGGUGGAGCCGGGGGCCUUCCUGGGCCUGGGAGAGCUAAAACGCUUAGACCUCUCCAACAACCGGAUCGGCUGCCUUACUUCUGAGACCUUCCAAGGCCUCCCCAAGCUUCUCCGACUGAACAUAUCGGGGAACAUCUUCUCCAAUCUGCAGCCUGGGGUCUUUGACGAGCUGCCAGCCCUGAAGAUUAUGGACUUUGGCACCGAGUUUCUGACCUGUGAUUGCCGCCUGCGCUGGCUCCUGUCCUGGGCCCGGAAUCACUCCCUGCAGCUGUCGGGGCGCACACUCUGCUCCUACCCCAGGGCCCUGCACGCCCAGGCCCUGGGCGGCCUCCGGGAGACACAGCUCCGCUGCGAGGGCGCACUGGAGCUGCACACACACCACCUGAUCCCAUCCUUGCGCCAAGUGGUGUUCCAGGGGGACCGGCUGCCCUUCCAGUGCUCUGCCAGCUACCUGGGCAACGACACCCGCAUCCACUGGUACCACAACCGGGACCCCGUGGAGGGUGACGAGCAGGCGGGUGUCCUCCUGGGGGAGAGCCUCAUCCACGACUGCACCUUCAUCACCAGCGAGCUGACCCUGUCUCAUAUCGGCGUGUGGGCCUCGGGGGAGUGGGAGUGCGCUGUGUCCACCGCCCAGGGCAACGCCAGCAAGAAGGUGGAGAUAGUGGUUCUGGAGACCUCGGCCUCCUACUGCCCUGCCGAACGCGUCGCCAACAACCGCGGGGACUUCAGGUGGCCUCGAACUCUAGCUGGCAUCACAGCCUACCAGUCCUGCCUGCAGUAUCCCUUCACCUCAGUGCCCCUGAGUGGGGGAGCCCCCGGGACCCGAGCCUCCCGCCGAUGUGACCGUGCUGGCCGCUGGGAGUCCGGGGACUACUCACACUGCCUGUAUACCAACGACAUCACCCGGGUGCUCUACACCUUCGUGCUGAUGCCUAUCAACGCCUCCAACGCGCUGACCCUGGCCCACCAGCUGCGUGUGUACACGGCCGAGGCCGCCAGCUUCUCGGACAUGAUGGAUGUAGUCUAUGUGGCUCAGAUGAUCCAGAAGUUCUUGGGUUACGUGGACCAGAUCAAAGAGCUGGUGGAGGUGAUGGUGGACAUGGCCAGCAACCUGAUGCUGGUGGACGAGCACCUGCUGUGGCUGGCCCAGCGCGAGGACAAGGCCUGCAGCGGCAUCGUGAGCGCCCUGGAGCGCAUUGGCGGUGCCGUCCUCAGCCCCCAUGCGCAGCACAUCUCUGUGAACUCGAGGAACGUGGCACUGGAGGCCUACCUCAUCAAGCCUCACAGCUAUGUAGGCCUGACCUGCACAGCCUUCCAGAGGAGGGAGCUGGGGACACCCGCAGCCCGGCCGGGCAGCCCUGGCCAGAAUCGCCUGCCUGAGCCGGAGCCCCUGGCUGACCAACAUCUCCGCUUCCGCUGUACCACCGGGAGGCCCAACGUCUCCCUGUCCUCCUUCCACAUCAAGAACAGCGUGGCCCUGGCCUCCAUCCAGCUGCCCCCCAGUCUGUUCUCAUCCCUUCCGGCUGCCCUGGCGCCCCCAGCCCCCCCAGACUGCACCCUGCAACUGCUCGUCUUUCGCAACGGCCGCCUCUUCCGCAGCCACAGUAACACCUCCCGCCCUGGAGCUGCUGGGCCUGGCAAGAGGCGCGGCGUGGCCACCCCAGUCAUCUUUGCCGGAACCAGUGGCUGUGGCGUGGGAAACCUGACGGAGCCAGUGGCUGUUUCCCUGAGGCACUGGGCUGAGGGGGCCAAACCCUUGGCAGCUUCGUGGAGUUCGGAGGGACCCGGGGGACCUGGGGGCUGGAGCUCCGAGGGCUGCCAGCUACGUUCCAGCCAGCCCAACGUCAGCUACCUGCGCUGCCAGCACUUGGGCAAUGUGGCUGUGCUCAUGGAGCUGAGUGCCUUCCCCCGGGAGGUCGGGGGCUCUGGCGCAGGGCUGCAUCCUGUUGUGUACCCCUGCACAGCCCUGCUACUGCUCUGCCUCUUCUCCACCAUCAUCACCUACAUCCUCAACCACAGCUCCAUCCAUGUCUCCCGGAAAGGCUGGCACAUGCUGCUGAACAUCUGCUUCCACAUGGCCAUGACCUCUGCCGUCUUUGCGGGGGGCAUCACACUCACCAACUACCAGGUGGUCUGCCAAGCGGUGGGCAUCACUCUGCACUACUCUUCACUGUCCACACUGCUCUGGAUGGGGGUGAAGGCCAGGGUCCUGCACAAGGAGCUCACCUGGAGGGCGCCGCCUCCACAAGAAGGGGACUCUGCCCUGCCGGCUCCUCGGCCCAUGCUUCGGUUCUAUCUGAUUGCUGGAGGGAUUCCACUCAUUAUCUGCGGCAUCACAGCGGCUGUCAACAUCCACAACUACCAGGACCGCAGCCCGUACUGCUGGCUGGUGUGGCGUCCAAGCCUCGGAGCCUUCUACAUCCCCGUGGCUUUGAUUCUGCUGGUCACCUGGAUCUACUUCUUGUGUGCGGGGCUGCGUUUACGGGGCCCUCUGGCCCAGAGUCCAAAGGGGCACAACAGCAGGCUCUCCUUGGAACCGGCGGAGGAGCUGAGGGGCUCCACCAGGCUUAGGAGCAGCGGCCCCUUGCUGAGCGACUCGGGGUCCCUCCUGGCUGCGGGGAGCUCUGGGGUGGCCACGCCCGGGCCCCCGGAGAGCGGUGACGGCCUCUAUUCUCCUGGAGCCCAGCUGGGGGCGCUGGUGACCACGCACUUCCUAUAUCUGGCCAUGUGGGCCUGCGGCGCCCUGGCCGUGUCCCAGCGCUGGCUGCCGCGCGUGGUGUGCAGCUGCCUGUACGGGCUGGCGGCCUCGGCCCUGGGCCUCUAUGUCUUCAUCCACCACUGCGCCAGGCGCAGAGACCUCACCAACCUGCAGCUGGCCCAGAGCCAGGGGGCCGAGGCCGCGCCCCGCGGGGAAGGGGAGCCGGAGCCCACGGGCUCGCGGGGCAGCCUGGCGCCACGCCACCCCAACAACUUGCCCCAUGGGCGCCGAGUGCACAAGAGUCGGGCCAAGGGACACCGUGCGGGGGAAGCGGGCGGCAAGAACCGGCUGAAGGCCCUGCGCGGGGGCGCGGCGGCCGCGGCCUCGGAGCUGCUGAGCAGCGAGAGCGGCAGUCUGCACCACAGCCCAUCCGACAGCUACCCGGGCAGCAGCCGCAACAGCCCGGGCGCCGGGCGCCAGCACGAGGGCGAGCCCAUGCUCACGCCGUCCGAGGGCAGCGACACCAGCGCCGCGCCGCUCCCCGGGGCGGGCCGGCCGGGCCAGCGGCGCUGCACCAGCCGCGACAGCCUCAAGGGCGGCGGGGCGCUGGAGGAGAGCAAGCGCCGCUCCUACCCGCUCAACGCGGCCAGUCUGAACGGCGUCCCCAAGGUGGGCAAAUACGACCUCAGCAUGACGGGCGCGGAGGCCACUGGCGGAGGCUGCAUGAAGACGGGCCUCUGGAAGAGCGAGACCACCGUCUAGGAUGGGGGUGGGCACUGGAGAACAAGCUGGCCUCGAGCCCCUCCAAGGUGUCUCUUAGAAGGGGCGGGAUGGGUGACCGCAUCUGCUCUAGGUCCUGGAGGCAAGAAGCUGCCACUUCCCAAGAGGGUGAUCCCUCCGGGGUAGCGACGGACAAUC